GCAUUCUGUUCUCAUGUCUGUGAGUCGCUGCGCGCGGCUCUUGUCUCGCCUCCGCCAUGGAGGCGCCGUGGUUCUUCGGGGCCGGCAGAGCGGCCCGAGCCGGGCAGCCACAGGAGGAGCCUUCUCCACCGCUUCGUCCAACGGCCGCGACACAGGCGCGAAAGCUCCGGACACGUCCUUGUUCGUGCCGCUCCCCGUGUCCCUGGAGGCGCCUGGCCUCGCGGGGGAUGUCGGUGCCGAGCUCACGUGCCCGCUCAAUAAGAGUGAGGUCCUGAAAGUCCUGAAUAAAUUUUACAGGAGGAGAGAAAUACAAAGACUAGGGGCAGAAAAUGGACUAGAUGCCCGUCUUUUUCAUCAAGCAUUUAUAAGCUUUAGGAAAUACAUCAUGGAAUCUAGUUCAUUGAGCCCAGAUGUGCACAUUAUUCUAAAUGAUAUAUGUUGUGGGGCAGGGCAUGUUGAUGAUCUGUUUCCUUUUUUCAUGAGACACGCUAAGCAGAUCUUUCCUAUGCUGGAGUGUAUGGAUGAUCUGCGCAAAAUCAGUGACUUACGAUUGCCACCCAACUGGUAUCCAGAAGCCAGGGCUAUCCAGAGAAAAAUUGUGUUUCAUGCAGGUCCGACAAAUAGUGGGAAAACCUAUCACGCGAUCCAAAGAUACUUAGCAGCAAAAUCAGGAAUAUACUGUGGCCCUUUAAAGCUGCUGGCACAUGAGAUCUUCCAAAAGAGUAACGAUGCUAACGUGCCAUGUGACUUGGUGACUGGGGAAGAGCGAGUCUGCAUAGAUGGCGAGGGCAGGCCAUCUGCCCACGUUGCCUGCACUAUUGAGAUGUGCAGCGUUAAUACACCCUAUGAAGUGGCUGUGAUUGAUGAAGUUCAGAUGAUCAAAGAUCCUUCCAGGGGUUGGGCUUGGACGCGAGCGCUCUUGGGGCUCUGCGCAGAAGAAAUUCAUGUCUGUGGAGAAGCCGCUGCUAUCAACUUGGUGACAGAGCUGAUGUACACAACGGGGGAGGAGGUGGAGGUGAGAAACUACAAGAGGCUUACCCCUAUAAAGGUGCUGGAUCAGGCCCUUGAAUCUCUGGAUAAUCUUCGUCCCGGAGACUGCAUUGUCUGUUUCAGCAAGAACGAUAUUUACUCCGUGAGCCGGCAGAUUGAAGCACGCGGGCAGGAGUGUGCGGUCAUCUAUGGAAGCCUGCCGCCUGGAACAAAGCUCACUCAGGCCAAGAAAUUCAACGAUCCCGAUGACCCUUGUAAAAUCAUGGUUGCCACAGAUGCCAUUGGAAUGGGGCUCAAUUUGAGCAUAAAGAGAAUCAUUUUCAACUCUCUGAUUAAGCCAGUGGUCAAUGAGAAGGGUGAAAAGGAAAUGGAUACAAUCACAACUUCCCAAGCAUUACAGAUCUCAGGAAGAGCUGGAAGGUUUAGCACGGUGUUCAAAGAGGGGGAAGUCACUACCAUGCAUCGCGAUGACCUUGUAUUGUUAAAGGAAAUCUUGAAUAAAUCAGUGGAACCCAUCGUGACUGCUGGCUUGCAUCCGACUGCCGAACAGAUUGAAAUGUUUGCGUAUCAUCUUCCUGGUGCCACGCUCUCCAAUCUCAUUGAUAUUUUUGUGAGUCUCUCGCAAGUGGAUGGUCUCUACUUUGUCUGCAACGUCGAUGACUUCAAAUUCCUGGCCGACAUGAUUCAGCACAUUCCCCUUAACUUGAGGGCAAGGUACGUGUUCUGUACAGCGCCCAUCAACAAAAAGCAGCCGUACGUGUGCACCUCUCUGUUGAAGUUUGCGCGGCAGUUCAGCAGAAAUGAGCCGCUGACAUUUGACUGGCUGUGCAGACACAUUAACUGGCCCCUGACCCCACCCAAGAAUAUCAAGGACCUUGUUCACCUGGAAGCCGUUCACGAUGUCCUCGAUCUCUAUCUUUGGCUGAGUUACCGCUUCAUGGACAUGUUCCCCGACACCAGCCUUGUGAGGGACAUCCAGAAGGAGCUGGAUGACAUCAUACAGAUUGGGGUGCUCAACAUCACGAGGCUGAUCAGAGUCUCAGAAGCCACUUCUGGAACUGUGGCGGUUCCGGAUGAUUUCCCGCUUCAGAGGACUCGCAUCGGUGAUGGGAUGUUGAACGCGGAAGACCUCCCGCAGACCGGCCAAGCAUCUUCCCCAAAUGAUGCAAAGGGCCAAGGGCAGCGAGGAGCAAGGGGGUCCAAAGCGCUGGGCCACAGGUCGGCUGGAGCACAGGUGGAGCCCCUGGGUCGUAUCCGGGGUGCUUUAGCUGCUAGACUCAUACAGCAGGGACUCCUCACCCAGGAAACGCUGAAGCAGCUGGAGAAAGAGUGGUUAGCGGAUCGCGGUGGGAAUGCUGGCAGUGCCGCUCAAAACACAGACCCAAAGGGGAAGAAGAGAAAGUGAAAUGGUCAAUAA